AUGCAGUCAGUCGUCAGUCAGUAUCUGGAUGCAACGUUAACAAGGACAAUGCUCAUGAAAAUAUCCCAAAUCGAUCUCAGCAAAUGCACUAAUCCACAUAUGCAGCACAUAUCGCAUACGAGCAAAUAUCGACCCGUUAUAUCGCUUGGACAUUCUUCGACGGACGAUAACAACCAGCGUCGUGAGUCGAUGGACAGCAGUCGCAGUUCGGAAGCAUAG